CUUCCACCAACGUGGGCUGUGGAUGUGGCAGGAAGCUGCCGGUGUUCCGAUGCGUGUCUCUUUUUGCAGUGCACCCUGUGUUUGCUCUACUCAUUUUUUACACUGCUAAUAAGGUGGAGGUGCCGCCAUGUUUACCAGCCUGCCUUUGUGGUCACGCGUGCCUUCCAGAGUUUGGCAGUCAAAGAUCUGUCCUGUCUCCAUCAGAGCUUUUUCCCAGGCUAAGUUCUCACUGCCACGUCCGCAUGGAAAGCCUUUUGCCCAUCGCGGUGAGCUGAAACAGGCCAAACGCAUUGUGGUGAAACUGGGGAGUGCUGUGGUUACGCGGGGCGAUGAGAGCGGACUGGCUCUGGGACGCCUGGCUUCAAUAGUAGAACAGGUGGCUAUGCUUCAGAAUCAAGGCAGGGAGAUGUUGAUUGUCACCAGUGGUGCUGUGGCAUUUGGGAAACAAAGACUCAGACAUGAGAUCCUGCUGUCUCAGAGCGUCAGACAAGCCUUGCAUUCUGGACAGAAUCAACUCAAGAACAUGUCUGUUUCAGUUUUGGAGGCGCGGGCGUGUGGUGCUGCUGGACAGAGUGGCCUGAUGGCUUUAUAUGAAGCCAUGUUCACCCAGUACAGCAUCUGUACUGCACAAAUUCUUGUCACCAACCUGGACUUUCACGAUGAGCAGAAGCGUGGGAAUUUGAACAGCACGCUGCUUGAACUGCUGCGGAUGAACAUUGUUCCCAUCAUCAAUACCAACGAUGCUGUUGUUCCACCCCCUGUUCCAAGCAGCGACCUGCAGGGAGUGGAUGUAAUAAGCAUAAAGGAUAAUGACAGCUUGGCUGCACGGCUGGCUGUGGAAAUGAAAGCUGACUUGCUCAUUGCACUCUCCGAUGUGGAAGGGUUAUAUGACAGUCCCCCAGGAACAGAUGAUGCCAAACUCAUUGAUAUAUUUUAUCCUGGAGACCAGCAGUCUGUCACCUACGGCACCAAGUCCAGAGUCGGCAUUGGUGGCAUGGAAGCCAAAGUGAAAGCCGCCCUGUGGGCACUACAAGGCGGAACAUCUGUUGUCAUUGCCAAUGGAACACAUCCCAAAGUCACAGGUCACGUCAUCACAGACAUUGUAGAUGGGAAGAAACUUGGCACCUUUUUCUCUGAAGUCAAACCAGCAGGUCCCACUGUGGAGCAGCAGGCUGAGAUGGCACGGCACGCGGGCAGGACUCUGGCCUCUCUGCUCCCUGAACAGAGAGAAGAGAUCAUUUGCUGUCUUUCUGAGCUGCUCACAGAGAAGAAAGAUGAGAUUCUCAAUGCCAACAAGGCUGACAUGGAGUUAGCCACAGCAUCAGGACUUUUGUCCCAGCCUCUGAUUGACCGUCUGAGUCUGUCCACGGCUAAACUGAACAGCCUCGCCAUUGGCCUGCGUCAGCUUGCUGCGACCUCCAGGGACAGCGUGGGACGGGUGUUGCGGAGGACUAGAGUGGCCAACAACCUGGAGCUGGAACAGAUCACUGUGCCUAUCGGUGUUCUGCUGGUCAUCUUUGAAUCGCGUCCUGAUUGUCUACCACAGGUAUCAGCUCUGGCUAUUGCCAGUGGAAAUGCUUUGUUGCUGAAAGGUGGUAAAGAAGCUUCCAACUCCAACAAAAUUCUGCAUCAACUCACCCAAGAAGCACUUUCCAUUCACGGAGUUUCAGAUGCCAUUCACCUGGUGAGCACACGUGAAGAAGUUGAGGAUUUGUGUAAAUUGGAAAAGAUGAUUGACCUGAUCAUUCCGAGGGGGUCGUCACAGCUCGUCCGAGAUAUCCAGCGGGCAGCUAAGGGGAUUCCCGUGUUGGGCCACAGUGAGGGUGUCUGUCAUGUCUACAUAGACAGCGAGGCCAGCAUAGAGAAAGCUAUCGCCAUCGUCAGGGACUCGAAGUGUGAUUACCCUGCAGCCUGCAAUGCAAUGGAGACGCUCCUCAUCCACAAAGAUUUACUCCGAAGUUCUAUGUUUGACCAGAUCAUAGAUAUGCUGAGAACAGAACGAGUGAAGAUCCACGCAGGUCCGAGGUUUGCGUCUUACCUGACUUUCAGCCCCUCUGAGGUGAAGUCUCUCCGGACAGAGUAUGGGGCCCUGGAAUGCUGCAUUGAGGUGGUGGACAGCAUGCAGGAUGCUGUGGACCACAUCCACAAAUAUGGCAGCUCCCACACUGACGUUAUUGUCACAGAAAACGAAGAGACCGCUGAGCAGUUCUUGCAGGGGGUGGACAGUGCCUGUGUAUUCUGGAACUCCAGCUCUCGUUUUGCAGAUGGCUACCGCUUUGGUUUAGGAGCUGAGGUUGGUAUUAGCACUGCACGGAUUCAUGCCAGGGGUCCAGUGGGACUGGAGGGACUGCUCACAACCAAAUGGGUCCUCCGAGGGGAAGGACACAGUGUUGCUGACUUCUCAGAGCAAGGCAGUAUGAAAUACCUUCAUGAGAACCUCCCCGUCUCUCAGAGGAUCCUUACUUAAGGGUCCAAGGAGUCAUCCGAGUAAAUGAACCACAAAGCUCUUCUCUGGUGCUGAGCUGAUGCUUCGUUCGAUGGAUGAAGACCUCUCGUCUCUGCAGGAGAGGUGAAUGGAUGAAGGCUGCAUCAAUGUGCAAGUUUCUGAUUUUGUGACUGUGCAGAAAUGAAGAAGGAGAUCAAAUGGAUAUAUAUACUAUAUUUUAAAAUUAUCAUCAAAUUGUCUUUCCUUGAAGUCACUAGAUGUGAUGAUGGAAAAUAUCACUAUUCCUGCAAACAUUCUGAGUGUUUUAAUAAGUGCCUGGACAACAUUUCAUCUUUCUCAGGUCUUCAUCAGGUCCUCUAACACAGCUGACUUACAGGGGUGGAGUUUAUUUACUAACUCAUUUAUUACGCUGCAGUUUGAUGUAGAGAAUUUGAACUGCAGAUCUCUAUGUUGUGGAGGGAAAGUGUCUCAAAGAUUAAAGAAGAAUGAAAAAUAUACAAGUUGCUGGAGGAAACAAAUGUUAGAAAUCUUUCCAGCAGGUUUCUUUCUGGGCCGUGUACAUCUGUACGAGGCAGAGGCCUUUUUUUUGUACCUACGACACAGUGUAAAUCUAUAAUGUCUAUAUUGGUUUACAGAAAUUCUUUUUGAAUCUCUUACUUUGUCUGAUACUUAGUAUUGAUUCUUAGUGUUCUGUCCAACGACAAAGUCCCGUUAAGAGGGAAGUCAAAGUUCAUGCUCCCUAACUGAAAUAUGCCUGUGGAAACUUAAUGUCACUUAGUUCAGAAUGACAUAAUCCAGCUAAUCAAGUGACAAUAUGAAUAAAAAGCAUACAAUAAUCCAACACCUGAACAAACAGCUGCUCUUAAAGAACUGAUGGAAAAGUGUAAUAAUAAAACCAUGUGACAGAGCAAGUGGUGAUAAAUACAUGCAAGGGGAGAUGGCAGAUUAGAGGUUUCACAGAAGAUGGCCCGGUGAUCAGCUGACAAUAAAGCGCAGUUACGAGGGAGCAGCCUUCCCUCGAUCAUCAUCCAGUUUCCAUCAAAACAGAUUUGAAAAGGGGGUCACUCGUAAGACAGAUGAAGAGCAGCUCUGAAGAGGAUUAUCAAAGACAGUGUGACAUCAUUCUGGAUAGAUUUGGAGAAAGGGCACCCAGAUGACUGUCCACAACUCUCAGUACACUGUGUUGAGCCUCAUGCCCUCUGCACAACAAAACCCAAAGGAACAGGAAGCGGGCAUUUUUAACAACUCCCCUAUCACAAGAGAAAUGAAAAGUGGUUCUUAAGCACGGACACAUAACUACAACAAUCAAACUCACUCUGAAAAUACUUAAGUCUCCUCGAUCCCUGAGAGGCUUCAAUGAAGAAGUUGAUAUAAGGCUUUUUUUUUGUCAAAUAUGCUGUGUUUUACAAUAGGAUGUUGAAUAAGUUAUACUGUGCAAUUAGAAUUGUAGCUUUAACUAUGGCAUGCCCUAUGUAACUAUGGUGUCAUACUGAGCAGGACAGUGAUGCUUGCAGAGAACCUGAUGAAGACCUGAGAAGAUUGAAAUGUUAUAAAUAAAUACCCAGAAAAGAAACGGAAGUGUGCAGACCAUUAACUUAUUUCUGGAAAUUUUUAUUCCUGCACCCAAGAUGUGCCCAUUGCUUCUCUUUCAAAAGGUCAAAGAAAACCGCCAAAACUCUUUCUUAUCAGACUGAUCUGUUGAACGUUGACAGUGUUGUUACAAAGUAUCAGACGCUUUCUUAUUGAUUACUCCAUGAUGGCUCGAGGGGGACUCGCUGUAACACAGACCCUUAAACAUGAUGAACAGUAGACUGAGAGCUGCUGUAUCGGAUGUUAAAGUGUUUUCACAAUUCUAUUUUUCUCUGGACGGUCUUUUUUUUUUAGUGACUAAUAGAUGAAUUUGCCGUUGUACCUUAUUUUUUUUACUUGCAAAAAUUUUCCCCUCCCACCUAUUUUGUAAUUUUUAUUUGUGCAGGAUCUCUGUUCAAGCUUAUUUUACCAUGUUUCCUCUUUGCACAGAUAAUUUAAAUAAAACUGUACAGUUUU